GAUGACCUUCAGAUCUCAGAAUUGGAAAACCGAUCGUGGUGUGCACUCGUGUCUUAGUUUGCCAGUUUCAAAAUACCUUUCUUCCAUCUCAUUGCUGUCAAGGAUUGUUUGUAAACGUUUGAUCUUCAACAAUUAUUUGUAAUCAAUUGUUCGUUCAAUUACUCUUUUUAUGUUAUUUCUAUUCCGUAAUUAAGUUCAAUUAUAAUCUUUCUGAGUUUUAAUUAAUUGGAAUAAACAGCAAAAUGUCUCGAGAGCGGGCUUCACGAAGAUUUUAUAGGAUGGACAGUUGCAACGACCUCGCUAUGUAUAUGGAUCGAGGUCAAUCUGCAGAACAAGAAAGCCGAUGGUCCUUUGAAGUUGCGUGGGAAGUCGCUAACAAAGUUGGUGGAAUUUACACUGUAAUCAGAUCUAAGGCAUAUGUUUCAACUGAAGAAAUGGGAGACCAAUACUGUAUGAUUGGUCCUUAUAAAGAGCAAUGUGCAAGAACUGAAGUUGAAGAAGCUGAAUUUCCACAUUACAGUCCACUGUACAAAGCUGUACAAGUGUUGAGAGAUCAAGGAUACAAAGUUAUUACUGGAACGUGGUUAGUUGACGGCAAUCCUCAGGUAAUUUUAUUUGAUAUCGGAAGUGCAGCCUGGAAACUGGAUGAAUAUAAACAAGAACUUUGGGAUACUUGCAACCUUGGUAUCCCUCAUUUAGAUAUUGAAGCAAAUGAUGCAAUAAUUAUGGGAUUUCUUGUCUGCCAGUUUAUUUCUGAAUUCAAAAAAGCUGCUGAAGAAUACUCUGCUUCACAGCCGAAAAUUUUAGUGCACUGUCAUGAAUGGCAAGCAGGACUUGCCAUUGUUGCUUUAAGAACAAGGCAUGUGGAUGUAGCAACAGUUUUUACUACUCAUGCAACUCUCUUGGGAAGAUAUCUUUGUGCUGGAAAAACAGAUUUUUAUAACAAUUUGGACAAGUUCAACGUUGAUGAAGAAGCAGGAAAACGUCAGAUUUAUCAUAGAUAUUGCAUGGAACGAGCCGCUUCACAUCUUUGCCACGUUUUUACUACAGUCUCUGACAUUACUGGAAUAGAAGCUGAACAUUUACUUAAACGUAAACCGGAUAUUAUUACUCCAAACGGCUUGAAUGUAAAAAAAUUCUCUGCACUUCACGAGUUUCAGAAUUUACAUGCUGUAAGCAAAGAAAAAAUUCAUGAGUUCGUUCGAGGUCAUUUCUAUGGACAUUUUGACUUUGAUCUGGAUAAAACUUUGUACUUCUUUACUGCUGGUCGUUAUGAGUUUGGAAACAAGGGAGCUGAUAUUUUCAUAGAAGCACUAGCAAGACUCAACCAUUAUUUAAAAACUUCGAAGCCAGACGUUACUGUUGUUGCAUUUUUAAUUUUCCCCGCGCGCACAAAUAAUUUCAAUGUCGAAUCUUUACGAGGUCAUGCUGUUACUAAAUCAUUGAGAGACACUAUUCAUGUAAUUCAACAGAAUAUUGGAAAAAGAAUGUACGAAACAUGUUUAACUGGAAGAUUGCCUGAUGUAUCAGAAAUGCUAUUGAAAGAUGAAGUUAUUAAGAUUAAAAGAUGUUUAUAUGCUCUUCAGCGAAGUGGAUUACCUCCAGUGACGACGCACAACGUUGCAGAUGAUUGGAAUGAUCCGAUAUUAAAUGCCAUUAGAAGAUGUAAAUUAUUCAACACCAUCCAUGAUCGAGUUAAAAUCGUUUUUCAUCCAGAAUUUUUAUCUUCCACAAAUCCAUUAUUUGGUUUAGAUUAUGAAGAAUUUGUAAGAGGUUGUCAUUUAGGUGUUUUUCCAUCAUAUUAUGAACCUUGGGGAUAUACUCCUGCUGAAUGUACAGUCAUGGGAAUCCCUAGUAUCACAACGAACUUAUCUGGGUUCGGAUGUUUUAUGCAUGAACACAUUGCUGAUCCGAAGAGCUACGGUAUUUAUAUUGUUGAUCGACGUUUUAUUGAUGUGGAAGCAAGUGUUCAACAGUUAGCUCAUUUCAUGUACGAUUUCGCUCGACUCAGCCGGAGACAGAGAAUUAUUCAGAGAAAUCGAACUGAGCGACUAAGUGAUAUGCUUGAUUGGAGAAAUCUUGGAAUUUACUACCGUCAAGCACGAAUUAAAGCUCUAACAAAAGUCUACCCCGAAUAUGCAUCUGAAUUGGAUGAUGCAAGUGUUGGCAGAUUCAGUUAUCCUAGGCCUUUGAGUGAGCCACCAUCUCCAACUUCAUCUCGACUGACAACUCCUGCCGCCUCAGUUCAUAAUUCUGAUGACGAAGAUGAUGAAGUAGAUGACGAAAAAGAGCUUGAAGAGUUAAGUCAGACAAAUGGAAGAUAAAGAAAUGAGUUAUAAAAUGAAUAAAAAGACGAAGAGAUUGAUUAGAUUUAUGAAAAUUUAAUCCUCAAUUAAUAUCUGACAUUUUACGAGCCACACUAUCACAUUAUAAUUAAUUUGCCACAUUAUCCAUCAAUAGUAAUUAUUUUUUCAGGAAUUAUUUAUAUCACAUGUGUCAUUAGCUGUUAUAAUUAUGUUCUUUAUAAAGAACGCACUGAUUAGAUUGUUUUUUAUACCUUAGAGCAGAUAAUUAAUCGAAAGGUUGUAAAUUUUUUCAUAUUGUGAUCAAUGACUCCACGUAAAUAAAAUGUAUGUAAUUUUA